AAAGAGCCCAGAGCCAAUCAGAGCUCUGGGUCCUGUCUGUACAGAGCUGGGCAGGAUGUGAAUGUAUAUAUAUACCCCUACUCACAACGCCAGCGUCCAACUCUUUCUUCAAAGGCCGCUCCGUUUCAGCCCGAAAGUGUAACUAGCUCACCAUGUCUCACUCAGGCGCUCAAGGCAGCAUCGGCAGCCACUCUGCCAUCGGGCUGCGCAACCACAAGAUAUACCUCUAUGAGUUCGAGAACUUCCAGGGCCGUAGGAUGGACCUGUUCGGAGAGUGCCGUAACCUGUGCGAGAAGGGUUUCGACAGAGUCGGCUCCAUCAGGGUGGAGUGCGGCCCCUGGGUGGGUUAUGAGCAGCAGAACCUCACCGGCGAGAUGUUCAUGCUGGAGAAGGGCGAGUACCCCCGCUGGGACACCUGGUCCAACAGCUACAGGUGUGACCGCUUCAUGUCGCUCAGGCCUGUCCGAAUGGACCCCCAGGACCACAAGAUCUGUCUGUAUGAAUGUACAAACUUUGAGGGUCGUAAGAUGGAGGUGUGCGAUGAGGACAUUCCCAGCCUGUGGUCUUAUGGCUUCCAGGACCGCGUUGCCAGCAUCCAGGUCACCGGAGGAACCUGGGUGGGCUACCAGUACCCCGGCUACCGCGGCUACCAGUACGUGUUGGAAAUGGGCCCCUACAAGCACUGGAACGAGUGGGGAGCCCACCACCCCCAGAUCCAGUCCAUGCGCAGGGUCCGGGACAUGCAGACGCACCGCAGGGGCUGCUUCGAGAUGAGCGCAUAGGCCGCGCAGGUUGGAUAGAAGGGGUCAGGAUGGGCACCUUGUUAACGAGCUCUUGGAUCUUCCUCAACGGCCAGUUACUGUAGCCACAAGACAUAUUGGCUUUUGAAUAUUGUUAGUGUGUUACCAUGACAACAGUAAAAGGAGUAGCAAUGCUCUCUGUCUACAGACCUCAUCAGAAGAUUAUGCGAUUUAUCAUGCUUACAAACGAUUAUACAGGAUUAGUAGAUUUGAGUUGAAGUUUGUGUUAGUUUGUUUGACAGCUUUUAUGCAACCAUACCAGCAAACUUAGAUUUUUUUUAAUUUUUAUUUACCGACCUACGUGUUUCAAGGUCAAACGAUGCCAAAAAGCCUGUUCAUCAGAAAAAAGACUCCUCCUCUACUGGGGCGUUAAAGGCCCGCGUGUGGAGAACGGUGCCGACCGGCCGGUGGUCACGACCCAGAGUGUCGGCUGUGCAGGAUUGUAUUUUGCAAAAUGUGAAUCUGUUUUGUUUCAGCUCGUUGUCGGGGCUGUCCGGAAGAUUCGCAUUUCACACUUUCUCAGGGAUGCUGGCAUCUGGAAAGCAACUUUCCAAUGGAAAAAAUAAAUACACAAUACAACACGAAA